AUGACAAAACAGAAAGAAAGAAGGAAAGAGAGCAAAUUGAGCAGCUACAUGAAGGCACCCUUUAGGUUCCUGAAGAAGGCCAGGGACAUGUACGUCCGAGGCAUGAUCCGCUGCUCCGCCCAAUUAUCCAACGUCGACGCCGCCAUGGGCUGCCCCACCGGCCAACUUUGCACGCUUCCCAGAAGCUUCAGCGUUGGCUCAGCCACCAGAGCCACCGCAAGCGACGACGACUUGAAGGAGCUCAUAAGGGCCGCAUCAAUCAGAAGCUAUGGCACUCGCUUUGACUUUGGCGAAGCUGCAGCCAUGAAAAUGAAAAUGCCUCGGAGUCGCAGCGUGGGAAUUGGAAGAAUCGACGAAGACAAGCCCUGCGAGUUUGUUGAUGAUGUCAUCAAGGUCAGACCCAAUGUUUAUCCACGAAGUAAAAGUUAUGUCACCCGCAGAGGAGGACCGGGGUUGUUUUAA